AUGCAGGCCGCCGCCGCGUCGGCGCCGGCGCCGCGCCACCGCGUGUACACGGCCGUCGAGCCCCGGUGCGAGUGGGCGCGCGCGGCCGACGCCGACACCCUCGUCGUCGACGUCUCAGAUGUCUGUCUUGCCUUGGUCGCAGGGUUCAUGAAGGAGGAGCUCAAGGUGCUCUACAACACGAGCCGGAAGCUCAAGGUGGCCGGCGAGCGCCCCGUCGGCGACGGCCGCGGCGCGCGAUGGGCGAAGUUUCUCAAGUCGUUCCCGGUGCCUAGGAGCGUCCGUGCCGGCGGCAUCAGGGCCGUGAUGGACAAGGACCAGGCCGUGCUCUACGUCAUCCUGCCCAAGGGAUCACCACUAUCACCACCCCCAGGUCCGCCACCGCCGCCACCACCGUCGUCCAUGGCCACGCAGAAGGAGCAGCAGCCUGGAGGCGCUCUGCCCCCGCCUCACGGAGAGCGGAAAGGCGAUGGCUCGUCGGGCAGCAGCAGCAAUGGCAGCUUCUGGAGCGCACAAGAGGACGCAGAGAAGAACAAGGCUGAAGAGAAGAAUAAUAUGGUGCCUAAGGAGACCAGGAUUCAGAUACAGGAGGAGGAGAUUGCCACACCAGAUGCACCAAGAACCGAUGGUGGUGAUGAUGACAAGAGGUGGUGGGAGAAGCUCACGCCUCUGCAUGCUGUUGGCUUCAUUGUUAUCGUCCUUGCGGUGGUAGGGGUUGGUGCACUGUACGCAACGCUGCUACUCCGAAUCAUGUGUAAAAGACUACAAUUUCUGUACCCUGCCUGCCUAACUGUCAUCUGA